AUAGAUUUCGUAAUCCCUCCUUUCAUGCAUACGUUACGGUUUAAUAAACAUGAUCGUACACCAGUUCGUUGUCCUUAUCAGUUUUCUGUCGAGUGGUGUGUGUUUAGAAUGUUACCUGUGUUACAAUGCCAAGGACCCAAGUCUGUGUCGACACCACGUCACCUGUAUAUCAGGGCAGUCAUGCGGUAAAGAAGUGUUCCACGAUUCCUACGGAACUGUCUUUGAUUUAGGCUGUGUCGCUACAUCAAACUGCCCAAAAGAAGCAGAGGUAGGGCGUCCAUCAAGUUUAUUUGGGAGACGAAGAGGUGUAUCUGAGAUCGACUGUUGUCAUACUGAUUUUUGUAACAUAAACAUGACAACUUCAGGACAAAAACUAUCUACAACUACUGCUGUAACGAAUGUAGCAACAUCAAUGCCCCUUUCAACUUUGACGCAGCUACACUCCAGUCCGGCUACAGACGCAUGCGCAGACCAUCCCGAUUGUGAUAUCCUCAUACAAGGAUUCAAUGCCUGCAAUGAUAGCGACAUCGCCCUCGGUGUAUGCAGGAAGUCAUGUGGCCUAUGUGACGUCACAACUCCUACUCCGCUUUGUAUGGAUGCACAUCAAGACUGCCAGAUCUUAGCAACUCAUCUACACGUGUGCGAAGACGAUAAUUUUGCCAGAACAAGAUGUCGUAGGACAUGCGGUGUUUGCGUUUCCGAUAUUUCAUUCACCGUCACCUCGGUUUCAACACCCCUUUCAACUUUGAAAGUAUCUGGAGUAUGUGAAGACAGACGGGACUGCGUACUACUGGAAAAAAUUAACAUCUGUGACAGUUCUAUAACAGCCCAAAUCUGCCCUGUGUUCUGCGGUCUGUGCCAAAUUAACACCGACGGAAUAACAAGAUUCUCCACAACGCAAAGUACAACUGACCACAUUACAGAGAUGAUCAACUCAGCUGUUCCAUCGACUAAGCAGACUAUAGAGAUUAUCAACUCCACUGUUCCAUCAACUGAUCACACCAUAGAGAUUAUCAACUCCACUGUUCCACCGACGAGAGGACUCUCUACAACGCAAGGAACAACAGAAGCUACCAAAUCACUUGAAACUACAGAAAGUGAACAAGCUCAUACCUGUCGUGAUAUUCUCCCCAGAGAGGACUGUCAACAAAUCCUUAGAGAUGACACGAAAGCUUGCUCUAAAAGUAUCAUGCAGAUGGAAUGUAAACAAUUCUGCAUGUUGUGCGGACCCUCUACAACGCAGAGAUUAACGGACUUGACUACGGAAACUACCACGUCACUAGAAACUUCAGAGAGUGAACAAGGGCAUGCUUCUCAUAAACCAAAAACAACGACCGCCACGGAAACACCUAGUCAACACGUUUCCUUCUACAAUCCUACAAUUCACACUACCCAUAAGCAGGUGACAACUAAACGCCCAGAGAACCAUAUUGGUGUGGUUGUUGUCGGUUGAUAGACAAAUACACGGUUUUCUACAAGGAAAACAUCAUGUUUAACCCUAAACUAUACACGCUAUAAAGAUCUCUAUCCUGUG